AUGUCAAAUAUUGAAAAGAAAUAAAAUUAUCUUUACGAAUAAAUAGUUUAAGAAGGUUACGAUGCUGAAUAGUUUAUGCAUUUUAUGGCUACAUUAAAUACAUAAAAAGGCACAAAUGUAGAAAAUUGGACAAUGAUGGAAUUAAUUAAUAAAUAUGACUAUGAUUGUAUAUAAAGUAAUCUUACUACUUUAGGAAUUAAGACAAAUUUUAGAGUAAAAAUUGAAAGUUAUGAAAUAUAAUAAGGGUCUUUAUUUUCAGGAGGCGGAUUCGCAAUUUAUCAAAUAAAUACUAUACCUUUAGAUUGGAGUGUAAAAAGAAAUGCUAAUGACUUUUUAUGGUUAAGAAAAAUUUUGGUUAAAAUGUACCCUGGUGUUUAUAUUCCACCUUUGCCCCAUAAAUAGAUAAAAAAUAUUGAUUUAAAAUUUGUUGAAAGAAGAAAAUAUAUUAUUAAUAAUAAUCCUUUAGUAUCUAAAUAAGUUUAAAUAUAUGAAAACUUUUGCAAUUAAGCUAAUGAUGAUAAUAAAGUAAAAAAAUCUAAAGAUAGUUCUUUUGGAGGAUUAUUCAGAUAAAAUUCGAAAGGCAUUAAUAAUCCUUCGAAAACUUUAGAUGAAUUGUAGAUUUAAAGAUAGCAUUUAUAAUAAGUUGAAUUUAAUCAUAAUGAUUUAAAUAUUGAAUUGAUAAAAAAGAGAACAGAAUGA